AUGGAUAAAAAAUCAUCUGAAAAAGACCCUAUAGAUAAGGAUGAAGAAUCAAAAUCUUUAAUACAAAAAAUCUAUUCGAUAAUUCGUGAAAAUUGGCUUCCAUUAUUAUGUGCAUUAAUAAUAAGUAUAAUAACAAUAAUUGUUGUUCCUAUUAUUUAUUCAAUUAAACCAACACCACCUCCUAAUAAUGGUACUAAUUUAGAGUGGAAUGUAACAGGAAUAUUAUAUAUUGAUCAAUAUGUUAUGAUGAAUAAAAUAAGUUUAGCAUUAGGAGAGAUAUCAGCAUUAUCAUUUGAUCAAGAAUCUUAUCUUUAUAUUGUUGAUAAAACAAAUCAUAGAAUAUUGAAAAUAGAAGGUGAUCAAAUAAGGAUUAUUGUUGGUCAUCCAAAUGGAACAAAUGGUACUGAUAUGACUUCUUUAAAUUUUCCAAAUGAUAUUUAUAUUGAUCAAUUGAAUGAUAUAUAUAUAGCUGAUACAGAAAAUCAUAGAAUUCAAUUAUGGAAAAAAGAAUCUUCACAAAUUACAACUAUAUUUGGAAAAGAUGGAAAAGGUUCAGGAAAUAAUCAAUUAAAUAGGCCAAUGUCCGUUACAACGGAUAAUGAUGUAACUAUUUAUAUAGCUGAUUAUGGUAAUGAUCGUAUUGUAUCAUUUAAUAUAAAUAAUAGUCAAGCAUAUACAUAUCUUACAAAGCAAGAUAAUCAAGAAAGAAAUCAAUACGUUAUAACUCCAAUAUCAAUUGCCUAUGAUUCAAAAACACAGACAAUUGUUAUUGCUCAAGAAUUAGGUUAUAAUGUUAUUCGAUGGAAUACAAGUUCAACAUAUUGGACAUUAAUUGCUGGAUCAGCUAGUUCAGAACUUAGUGGAACAUCAAGAACAUUAUUUAAUAAAUUACGUCAUAUUUAUGUUGAUAGAUUUGGACAUUUAUAUGUUACUGAUUGUUUUAAUCAACGUAUUCAAUUUUUUAAAUAUUCUCCUAACGAGUUAGUAAAAGGUAGAACAAUAGCUGGUGUUAUAUUAGCUAUUGGAAAUAAUCCUUAUAUAUUUAAUAAUCCAACGGCUAUGACUCUUGAUCGUUCUGAAAAUCUUUAUGUUGCAGAUUCAUUAAAUUAUCGUGUACAAUCAUUUGAACAACAAGUUAAAGACAUUUCAUUUUAA